AUCAAUGGCGGAGGAGAUAUAGAUAUAUCCUUGUUAAAUCGACUGGGUUUAAGCGAGAAUUGAAAAAUGCAGUCAAAUCUUCGUAUCUUUAGAACCCUAAUCCACCGAAUCAACAACAUUAAUAACGGCACGACGCGAUUGUACUACACAAAUCGACUGAACAAGGAGUCAUUGUACUCUAGAAUCAGUCCUCUAGGAAACCCUAGCCUGAAUUUGACCCCAGAGCUCGAUGAAUGGGUCGAGAAAGGCAAAAAGGUUCGAUUCGGUGAGCUCAAGCGCAUCAUUCACGAUCUCCGCAAGCGCAAACGCUUUUCUCAAGCCCUCCAGGUUUCCGAGUGGAUGAAUAAAAAAGGUAUCUUUUCAUUUACGCCAAUUGAACAUGCAGUGCAGUUGGAUCUCAUUGGUAAGGCCCAUGGGUAUGUUCAUGCGGAAGGCUAUUUCAAUAACUUGAUGGACCAAGAGAAAACUGAUAAGACAUACGGUGCUCUCCUGCAUUGUUAUGCCCGACAACGCCAAACUGACAAGUCCCUGUCUCAUCUGCAGAAAAUGAAGGAGAAGGGCUUUACUUUGUCACCCCUUACUUACAAUGACAUUAUGUGCCUUCACACAAAUAUCAGUCAACAUGAGAAGGUCCCUGAGAUUUUAACCGAGAUGAAGGAAGAUGGAGUUCCCCCUGAUAAUCUGAGCUACAGAAUCUGCAUCAAUUCAUAUGGAGUCAGAUCAGACAUUGAAGGAAUGGAAACAAUUUUGAAAGAAAUGGAGAGCCAAUCACGCAUUGUCAUGGACUGGAACACAUAUACAGUUGUGGCAAAUUUCUACAUUAAGGCAGGCAUAAAAGAUAAGGCAAAUCAAUUCCUAAAGAAAGCAGAGGAGAGGCUAGACAAUAAAGAUGGUCUUGGCUACAACCAUCUUAUCUCACUCCAUGCUCAGCUGGGAAAUAAGGGCAAGGUCCACAGGUUAUGGGAUCUUGAGAAGAGUGCUUGUAAGAGGUGCAUCAACAGGGAUUAUAUAAAUAUGCUGGAAUCUCUGGUGAGGCUUGGCGAACUCGAAGAAGCAGAGAAAUUGCUGAAGGAGUGGGAGUCAUCUGGAAACUGCUAUGAUUUUCGAGUACCAAACACCAUCAUUGUUGGGUAUACUAACAGGCACUUAUACAAAAAAGCUGAGGCAAUGCUUUUAGAUGUGAUGGAGAAAGGAAACGCUCCAACACCAGAUAGUUGGGGCAGGGUUGCAGCAGGGUACCUGUAUAAAGGUGAGAUGGAGAAGGCUUUGGAAUGCAUGAAAGCAGCACUUUCUUUACAUGUGAAAAAUAAAAGAUACAAGCCUAACCUUAAGGUAAUUACAAGCAUAUUGAGUUCACUAGGCGAGAAAGGCAGCAUUGAAGAUGUUGAAGCUUUCAUUGAUUCCCUGAGGACUGUUUUCUCAAUAAACAGACAGAUGUAUCAUGCCUUGAUGAAAGGUUACAUCAAAAGUGGUAAAGCAGUUGAUGGACUUUUAAACAGCAUGAAAGCUGAUCAAAUAGAUGAAGAUGAAGAAACAAAGAUGAUUCUAGGAAUGAAGCAGAACACAAGUUAAAAGUCUGAAACCUAUUAUUUACUUCCAUGGCAUGACUGAAUGUUGCCCUCAGUGAUCUCUGUUCUAAUGACUCUGGAUUUUAACCCACACAGGAUCGUCCUUUGUCCCAUGAGAAAAUAACCGGAAAGAAACUGAACACGCAGUCAUGUGUUUUCCUAGGGAGACCAUCUUGCCAACUUACAUACAUAGAGGAUCAAGGGCCCUCUUGUUUUGGAAACAAACUCUAUGCUUUCAUGCAAGGAUUUUGAACUUUUGUCUCUCUACUCAUUUACAAAGGAACCGAUGCUAACAUGUUUGAUAGGAAGGAUAUACAAGUCGAAGGAAAGAAAGUUAGAGGAAUGCAUUUAUGGGAAAGAAACCUUAUUUGCCUAUGGGAAGAGAGAUGAAAUGCAAGAAGUAUGUGUUUCUUUUACAUUCGAUAUAACUUCUCUAUCAUAUUAUAGGACCAAAUUAAUAUCCAUAUUAAGAAAUAUUAAAACAAAUAUCAUAUGUUGUAGGACAUGUACAUCUUUCCUA